AUGGUCAAGCGGAUAGGAAACUAUGGCUAUGAGAGGAUCUUAAAGGUACUGGGGCGCAAUGUACGACUACGAUUUUUUAUCAAUGAGCUAGAUAACCUGCAUGAGUACUUCCGUUUCUCCUUCCCAAAAGUCCAGCCACCCAGUUUCUGUGUAGAGGAAGAAUGGCAGCUCUCUCAGGUGGGCCGACAGUUUUACAACACAGACAUUGAGGUGGAGAUUCUGUCAAAAGAGGAAACAGAGAAAAUGACAUACGUGGUGUACAAGAUGAAUUUUGACAAUGCUGCAUUUAAGUACCGUAUGCCCCAGCAGAAAACAGCUCCAGGCUAUGAGAAACUGCCCAUGAAGUGAGGAAUCUUUUUUGACAUGUUCCCCUUCAGUGUGAUAUUCCGCAGAGCCAUGACCAUGUUACUGAUCGGAGAUGGUUUGAAAGAGGUGUUUUCUGAUCUGCAGGGCAAAAACGUCAAUGAGGAGUUUACCCUGGUGCGACCCAUGCUGGAAUUCAGCUGGGAUAAUAUCUACACUUAUCUCAACAAUGUGUUUGAACUGCUGUCUAAGGCCGUGGUGGAGAGUAAACAGAAGGUCAACAUCCCUAAUCUCAGCAAAGAAGAACCAGAGGAGAAAGAUGAGAGUGAAAAACCCAAAAAGGAAGAGAGAGAUAUUAAAGUGAUGGAGGAAAUGAAGGGGACGGAUCAGAAAUACAGCAGCUCUCUGACUCAGUACAACAGCUCAAAUAAUUGUGGAGGAGAGGACAUCGAGCUGCUGGCUUUUCAGACUGCAAUUGCAGUGAAACCAUAUUUGAAGACAUGCGGGAGGGAGCCCCCUAAAAAGCCUCUCCACCUCAAGGGCCAGAUGAAGUACGUCCCUCAGUGGGACUCCCUCAUCUUUCUAGGAACUCCCAUUAUUGAGACAGUGGAGGACAUGAUAAAAAUGGGAGUUUACAUCAAUGAUUUAAAUCUGCACGACUCCAGCAGAGAGCUCAUCCUGGCAGGAACACAGCAAUCAGCCGAGCUGCAACUGGCACUUGACCAGGAGCAGCAGAAGUAUGCACAGCUGCAGGAGAUCAUUAAAAAGCUGGAUGGGGAGAAGAAGAGAGGAGACUCCCUGCUGUUCGCCAUGAUCCCCAAAGCAGUAGCGGACAGACUCCGCAAGGGAAUAACAGCUCUGGAGACAUGUCAGGUACACACAGAUGUGACCAUCCUGUUCAGUGAUGUGGUGAAGUUUAAUGAGAUCUGUAUCCACAACCCCAUGCAGGUGGUGGACAUGCUAAAUGAGAUCUACAUCGUUUUUGACACACUCAGCGAGAAACACAGUGUUUAUAAGGUGGAGACCAUUAGGGAUGCCUACAUGGUUGUGGCAUGUGUGCCCAAUAAGACCACAUUCCAUGCCCACCACAUCUGUGACAUGGCUUUAGACAUGUUGAGCUCUAUUGAUCACCUAAAAGACCCCUCGACCGGGGACAACAUCCAGAUCUGUGUCGGUGGGUACACCCAGACUCACACAGCAUCACAUACUAAAGCAACUGCAACCCUUUAA